AUGACUUCACACCGCACGGAUAGCGUAAUAGGCAGCGGCGGCGGCGGCGGCCGUGUCCGCCAACUGGAACGCACCAAGUGGAACGCUCUAUCCGCCGAAACGCUUGCUAAGAGCCCUCGGCGCGGAGCGACGCCUCGCGAAUCAAAGAGCACUUUCUUCAUCGGCGUUCGACGUCUGCGCUGGCGCGCGCAGGAAAGCCACAACCACGGCGGCGAUAAAGGCAGGAAGUGGACGGUUCGCAUCCCGCCAACUCGCGUUUCAGCUUUAAUCUGGUGCCAUGUGGCAAUGGCAAUGGCAGUGGCAGUGGCGACGGAGGUGAGGAGACCCUGGCGACCGCACAAAUGAGCGAAGCCAAGCUAAUUAAAAGUCCCGUCGCUUAAAAAUACCAGCCGAUCGAGAACCUGCGUCGCCGUCAACCUACACCCCACAAGAAACGAGUAUCAUCCUGAACAUUCCGGAUUUCGGCAGAUUAGUGAGUUAACAAUCAUCUGCUUGGGAAACACUUCACUCCAAAUUAUUACGCGUGAAUUGACAUUGCUUCAGAUUUAUUUUCUACUCCACCGACCUUCGCCGAACGUUUCCACAAUAAGAACGGGCAGUUUCGAAUAGAUAUGCUAUAACAUAUUGUUGUGCUUAUGAAUUUGAUUGGAAUAAUGAAAAUACAAACUGAGAUAACUGCAGUGUGACAGUACAAACAUGGAAGGACCAGGAGAGCCACCUGCAUUGGACGAGGUCACCAAUUUCCCUCCUUCGAAGGAGGUUCUCUCUGCCUCCUGCUUAUGAGACAUACGCUACAUAUGGUCAACUGGUUGGGACCCGUCGGUUACGUUGGGAGGUGACGUGGUCGGUAAGAUGCUGCCACAUAACUGGAUAAGGCUCGUAGAAAGAACCUUUCUUUAUCCAUUAGAAUAUACAUCAUUACUUUCCCAUACAUUAAACGAUGCAAUCCAUGCACGUAAACAAUUAUCGUGAUUCCGUUACAAUACACUUCAACAUGGAACUAAAUCUGCAAUUUCUUUCCCUUAUCUUGUCUCACACAGUAUAACGAGAACUGAAUCAUUUCAGACCCCUUAACUUGUCUCACACAGUGUUAGUGAACUGACUUUCAGUUCACGUAGCACUGUGUGAGGCAAAGUAAAGGAAAGAAAUUGCAGAUUUAUUUCUAUAUUGAAGUGUAUUGUAACGACGAGAAACAUCGUUAUAUUCCUGACAUGCCUAAAAUUGCGUGUAAAAAUGAAUAGCGUACUAGAGCGACUGACGUAUGAAAGCUAAAAGAAAGUUUUUAUUCUUCAA